CCGCAGCAAUGGUUCCGGGACACCCCCCGCCCCCCGCGCCUGGCCGGGGCGAGCCGGUCCCCGAGCCUGGCCCCACGGCGGGCGGGGGACGAGGCGGGGCCGACAACGAGCCCUGCACCCCGCGGCGGGUCCCGCUCCGAGCAGAGUCCAGAUCUCCCAGAUUUAGCCACCAUAGGUACUUGGUACAUAGCCGCUUGGGUCCUAUCAUGGCGUUUCCUGAACCGAAGCCCAAGAAGCCAGAGCUGCCAAAGAAGCUGGUGCAGAAUCUGGAGUGCAAACAGGGAGCGGUCAGGGCAGUGAGGUUUAAUGUGGACGGAAAUUACUGUCUCACCUGCGGAAGCGACAAGUCCCUGAAGCUGUGGAACCCCCACAAGGGGACCCUCCUGAAGACCUACAGCGGCCAUGGCUACGAAGUGUUGGACGCGGCUGGCUCUUUCGACAACAGCCAGCUCUGCUCCUGCGGGGCCGACAAAACAGUCGUCCUGUGGGACGUAGCCAGUGGGCAGGUGAUCCGCAAGUUCAGAGGUCACGCAGGGAAGGUGAACUGCGUGCAGUUCAAUGAGGAGGCCACCGUGAUCCUGUCGGGCUCAAUUGAUUCCAGCGUCCGCUGCUGGGACUGCCGCUCACGCAGACCCGACCCAAUCCAGAUCCUGGACGAAGCGAAGGACGGGGUGUCCAGCCUGAAAGUGUCGGAUUACGAGAUCCUCUCUGGCUCCGUGGAUGGCCGCGUCCGGCGCUACGACCUGCGCGCAGGGGAGCUGUACUCGGAUUACGUUGGAAGUCCUGUCACCAGCGUGUGUUUCAGCAAGGACGGGCAGUGCACGCUGGCUGCCAGCCUGGACUCCACCCUGCGUCUGCUGGACAAGGACACCGGGGAGCUGCUGGGAGAAUACACCGGCCACAAGAACACAGCCUACAAGCUGGAUUGCUGCCUGAGCGAGAAGGACACACACGUGGCCAGCUGCUCGGAGGACGGGAAGGUGUAUUUCUGGGACCUGGUUGAGGGCUCCCUGAUGCUGAGCCUGCCCGUUGGCAGAGGUGUGGUCCAGUCCCUGUCCUUCCACCCCAGCAAGCCCGGCCUGCUUACCGCCACUGAGGGGCGCGUGCAGUUCUGGAGAGAGGAGUCCCACGUGGUAGAGGAGCAGCCACCAGGCUGUUAAGCUGGAGCAUUGGGCAUACCUCCAGCCUGGAAGUUGAUAUUGGGCAUGUUACUUCCCCUCCCUGGGCCUCAGUUUCCCUAUCUGUAAAGUGGGAAUAAUACUUU